UGAAUGUCAUCAUGUUCGACCUAAACCAAGCAGCUCUGCUCUCUAUUCAACUAUUGGUUACUUACCAAGUCUUUGCAGGGACUGAUCAAGUUGACCACAGGGAUGUACUGGUGUUCAGGGGGGAACCCGUCAUGUUCACUUGCAACAUAUCCAAUGAAAGUGCAACACAAAUCACCUGGACCAAAGGCAGAUCUGUUUUUUCUUAUUCAAUAAUACGCAAUAUGACCUUUUCAAAUCUCACCUCUCACAGUCUGAGAAUAGACCAAAACUCACCUUUAAAGCUGAAUAUUUUUAAUGCUCAGCAUGAAGACGCAGGACUUUAUACAUGUAAUGUAACUAGUAGAUAUGGUCCAAAGACAACUGAGUGGAAUUUAACAGUGUCUGAGAAACGUGAAGAAAUCAGUCCAUCGUGGUAUUUUCUAUACAUACUCAUAUCUAUAAUUGGACUUCUUCCAUGUGGCCUCACAUCAGCUGUCUGCCUCUGCAGAAAACAUGGGACCAGGACAACAAACCAGUACCCAGUCCAGGACCAGUUUCAUCUUCAGUCAGGAGGAGAGGUGGUCAUCCGUCAACAGCAAGGUGGCACAGGCAGUAGGACAAAUAACAGGCAGAGCAGUCAGUACGCGGAAAGGCUUAAUUCAAUCUAUGGUCUCUACUGAGAUGAUGAGUCAUUCAAAUGAAAGUUAAACACGAGACAUUUACAGAGAGAGAUCAAAUCACAUUUCUCAAUGUCAAGCCGGGUGCUUUAAGGGAAGCCAUUCAGAGAGAUGACAACGGGGUCACUGAUGUCGUCGGCUUCUCUAAAAUUAAUACAUCCAGUGCCUUCACUUUAAGGGGUUUUGUUUUUAAUCUUACAAUUUAAAUUUAAAGUACUGUAUUUUGAAUAUGUCCUUAUGUAUAUGAUGGUUUUAAUAUUAAUAUGCUGCAUUGAAUGUUUUCCUGCAGUGUGAGCUAGUUAAGGCAAGUUCCUAACUAUGUUUGUUGUAAUGGCAAUAAAGUUAACUUAAGUCAACAGGCUUCAGUGUUGGGUCUGUGCCACCUGGGGUUGCGUAUUACAUGGGGUCUUUCCAAUAAAAACAGUCUACAAUCAAGGACAGUAGCCCUUUUGUAAAUAUCAUGGUUCUUGUAAUAUUGUGAUAAUACUUUUAAAGACAGUGUCUUGUAAUCAGACCAGUGAAUUAUUCCAAAGUCAAAGCUGUUGACUGGUUAAAUGUGUGAAUGCACAUGUAUAAUCACCAUGCUCUAACACCAUUCUCAGCAGGGUUUCAUUGUGUUCACCAUUAAGCAAAAAUGGUUUUCCUACACUUGAACAUUAAGUUUAUAAUCGUAUAAUUAUGAAUUAAUCAGUGUUUACAGUUUAAUUCAAGAAGGAUCAUCACUGAAUCUUCAGUAUCAUAAUUUGAAUUACAUUUUUGUAUUUUUGACUCUCACAUAAUGUUGCACGAAGGUGUGACACAUACGUUUUGAGCAGCUAAACAGCAGCUAACCACUUCCUUUGCUCCUCCAUCACAACACAGUAAAAUUUUGAUUAUAACGUUCCAGUGAAUGGAGUCUGAAUGUCAUCAUGUUCAGCAUAAACCUAGCAGCUCUAAUCUCUAUUCAGCUAUCAGUUACAGGCCAAGUCUGUGCAGGUACAGGAAUUCAUUAAAUUGAGCACAGGGAUGUACUGGUGUCCAGGGGAGACUCUGUCAUGUUCACCGGCAACCUAUCCAAACCUUUUCAUAUCGUCUACAUAAGCCUUAUUUGGAUUUUUGGAGUGCUGCUUACCAAAUUUAAUAGAGAAAGUUUGACAUUCAAAUUUAAAUAGUUCCCAUUUUAACAUAGGUGAAACAUCAGACAUUGACUGGAAAUCAACAACAAUUUGCCUGAUGCCUGAGCAAUAAUCAGAUUGUUUUAUGAAGGAAGAGUUUAAUUUCCAGUAUCCAGGAUUACAUCGAAGAUAAGAGUUUAAAUUUGAGAGAGAAAUAUCUAUCCCUGCAUGGACAGUGAGAGGGUGGUCUAAGGUUUUUGCUUUCCUGUAAUUUUGUUUCGGGUAAACUUCCUGUUAAACUCGCCAACUUCCAUAAACAAGCCCUGGACACUUGGAAGAUUGCUUUCAAGCACAACUUUUCCCCACACACAUGUAUUUUGUGGAACAACCAACAUGUUGUAUAUAGAAAUAAGACCAUGUUUUUUAAGGACUGGUUUGACCGAGAUAUUGUGUUUAUCUCUGAACUGUUUAGUGACACAGGGGACCUGGCUUCAUAUGAGGAGUUUGUCCGGCAAAGGAGAGUGGAAAUAUCUAAGUCUCGCAGUUUUUUAACAGGACAGUCAGAAUUUAAUUGUUUUUUUUGUCCCCAACAAAGUGAAGGAAAUUCUACACAGAUAUUAUCCUUGCAAUGAAUUUAUUCACAAGUUUUAUGCUCUUUUUGUGAGUCAGAGACGGAGUCAUUUUCUCAUUUAUUUAUUAUUAUUGACUUUUGGUCACAAAUUGUAUUAUUAAUAUGGGAAUCUCAUAAUAUCUCGGUCCCUUUAUCUGCAAGAAUGGUCUUAUUUUUGAAUGUGGAAUCUAUAAACUGUGAAACGGCUGAUCUGGUUAAGCUGUUAUGUCUUCUGGGUAAACAUCAUAUUCAUAAAGCAAAAUGUAUGCAGUUUCUUCCAAACAGACAUUUGUUUUAUGCUGACCUUAAAAACCUAUAUUUUUCUAUUUGCAGAAUGUUAAAAAACAAGACAGCUUUAAAGACAUCCAAUAUCUUAAAACAUAUUAUCUAUUUAUUUUUAUAUUGGUUUACUUAUGUGUCUUGUUUGUUU